AUGGAAGCGGGCGGAUCUGGUACUAGGCAAAGCCGUCCACCUUCUGCCAGCAAGCCUGAUCGCUUUGAAACUCAACUUCCUCCCAGAGAGCCUCUCAACAGACAUUACCGUGACGGCCCCGCCAUGGCGACCGCAGCCCUUAUUAGCCCGAGCACCACCCCGUACGGCCAUCCUACAUCUUUUUCAUCCGGCUACCAGCACGCAGCUCCCGGCCCCAGCAUCGCAGGCAUGAUUUCGCCAGUUGAGCCCCGAAGACCUUCAGAUGAGUCCGAGACUCCUCAUCGUCAAUCGCUCCCUUCACUCUCCGAGGUCAUCUCUGGUGCGAAACCCAGCGCGUAUCCGCCUUCUCAAGCCUCCAGCAUGUCGGGCUCUCAAAGCUUUCCUUCACCCUUCGCACCAGGGCCUCCAAGAUCAUAUGCCGAAUCGUCCACCGACAAAAACUCACCUCGACCUCUCCAUCUUGCUUCAACCUACCCUCCCAGGCCGGAAGCGUUACCAGCCAUCUCUGACGCUCCAAGACCGCCACCUUUUGCUGGUCGCCCUCCUGCACCCAUGAGCAGCUUCCCCGGCCCUCAACCCAGCCCGCCUCACAAGCCUGAACAUAUGCGCGAUCCUGAUACGAGAGCGCCUGAGCCGACGGGUCCGUAUACGCAUCAUCAUGCGCCGCCGCCGCCGCCGCCUCCCACGAUAUAUCCUCAUCCUCACCCAAGCCAGCUUCCACCUGGACAGGUUCCCCUUCCGGCGUAUCCUGUGUCGCCCCGCCACGGCGGCCCGCCUCUACCUUCGCCAUACGACGCCCAGCGUCCUGGAGUUCACGCCGAGGAUUCAGAAUAUGGCCCAGCACGCGCUCAGUACGACCGAACCCUCAAUCGCCACUUGGACGCAUGGGGCUACCAGGAUUGCCUUUCUAGAGUGAGUGGUCCCAUGAGUGACGCCAUGUCCGUCAAGCUUACCAAUAAGUUCUCUCAGAUUGCUGGUGCGACGAGGACGAUCUACAACUUCGCCGAGGCAUAUGGCAGAAUUGCAGCGGAGCAGCAUGGCGCCCAUCCUCUGCCUGACAGACUCCCAACGGAGCGCGAAGUGAAUGAUAUGCUCGACAACGUUGAGUACAUCAGAAACUCACUGGACUCGGUACGACAGCUUGUCAAGGAAAGCAACGAACGUGCACGGGCGGCUGGAAAGCAAAAAGGAUACGAAGACGAGGACACGCCGAUGUAUGACGGUAUGAACAAGAACAGCUACGGCAUCACUGAGGUCAAGAAGCGCCGAGGAAGAGCCGCGCCCCCCGGAAGGUGCCAUAGCUGCAACAGAAUUGAUACACCGGAAUGGCGACGCGGACCUGACGGUGCCCGGACGCUCUGCAACGCUUGCGGACUGCAUUACGCCAAAUUGGAGCGGAAGCGCCAGCUUGAAGCACGACAAAUCCGCCCUAAACCCUCUGACGAGAGGAGCUAA